UGUUGAGUGAGAAGUAACCUGAAAGUUGAUGUUCUAUGGUAACAAGUGCUAGUGAGAGUAGUGUGCGAAAAAAACUUUGAAAAAACCUUUCAAAACUCAAAGUAGUUCAAGUUCAAGAGCGUUUCAAAGGAAAUUUUGGAAUAUUUUGUCGGGUAAUUCGUGUAAAUAUUAAUAGUGUGCAUCAACAAACACAUAAAAAAAGUCGAAUCUACCAGGAAGUUAUGAAAGUAAAACUGAUGAUCAUUUUGAUAUGAGUAUAAAGGGGCAGAAUAAGAGCCCUAAAGUCCUGAACAACCUUGUAAGCAGAAUCAAACAAGGAACCUACAUUGGUGAUCCAAAGGGCUAUACGGACAGCAUAUAAUCUCUCAAAAAUAAUUGUACACUCCAAGCACAGACAAUGAAAAGUAGGUAUGUAAAAAUAUUGCUGAGAUAUGCAAUUUUAAUUGAAUGAGGAACCAGGAGAUCCAAGUGAUAAAGUUUAUUCAAAAUGUUACAUGAUAUAAAUUAAAAGUAUACAUAUUAUUGGUCAUUAAUGUUGAAGUAUCAAGAUGAAUCCAUAUCUAUUGCCUGAAUCCAACCCAGUAACAGGUGUUCCACAGCCAAAAUUAUACAAUCCAGAACCCAUUACUGCAGCAAUAGACUGCUCUUCUUGUAUAGUACAUCCACCUUGUAAUUUCUCUUCUGCAACUCCAGGGCAGAAAAAACCCUUAGGAUGCAAGACUAUCUAUGUAGGUGGAAUGCCCAAAAAUUCCACAGAGAUGAUAAUCAAAGAUAUUUUCAAAAGAUUUGGAAAUAUAACUGAUGUGAGAAUGAAUACCACCUACUGGAAUGUUAGCUUCGAAAAUGAGAAUUCUGUGGAUGCUGCUUUGGCUUUUUCUGGGUCUAGGGUCAUAAUUGGAAACAGUGGGCAUAAUGAUGAUACUGGGCUCAUCCAUGUGGACUAUUCCAAGGCAGAAGAUAUGAAGGAGUGGGAAAUGGUACAACAAAAGAAUGAAAUUGAAGUCACCAAAAAGGAUAAAUUGUCAAGUUCAUUUUUACCAUUAGCUAUUUACUUCAAUGAAACAGCAUUGGUACAAGCUUCUGAGGAUAUGAAAAAGAAUGAUAAAUUUCUCAAUGCAAUAAAGGUUCUGGAGAUAUGGUUUGCUAAAGGUAAAUGCAAUAAAAGCAACAUUGAUAGAAUAUAUUCCAUUCUUCAGAUUGCGAAUGAACAUGUUGCCAGAUUGAAUGAUGAAAGAAAUGCAUUUAUUCAGACCAUUGCAUCACAGUUGAGUCAUAUUGAAGGAUUGUUCACGAUCGCUAGCAAGAAGGAAGUGUGGGGGUAUCUGAGGGAUACACAAAGAAAAAACCUCGUUGAAUGGAUAAGAGAAUUGAAGGAAUACAAAAUCCCUGGACCACAAAACCAAUCAGAAUUGAUGACAAAUGGGAAUUACUACAUUGAUCUAACCGAUGAUGCCAAGGACGCUGACAACAUGACACAAAAAGUCGAUGAUAUCCAAUUGAAAAAAGAAAAUGAUAGAUUGAGGUGUCAAGUGGAAGAAUAUAAGAAGAGGGAGGAAGCAUCUAAAAUGGAACAAAUGAAAGAAAAGGCAGAUCUAGUGAAUGCAAUGGAACAGUGCAAAAAGGAAAUUGAAGCAGCAAAACUGAAAGAAAUCAAUUCUCAAGUUAGAAUUCAGGAACUACAAAUCUCAUCGAACAAGAAAGGAUUGUGGUGCAUCAAACAGAGCUUGAAAGAUUGCCCCAAAGAGGGCGACUCUUAUUUCAUCAGACAACAAAACAUCAAAAUCGCCUUAUUAGAAAAUCAGAAUGCUGUUCAGAGGCGUUUACUUUCAGCGGAACAAAUCAAACAUCAUCUCCUCCAAAAACAAAUGGAAAAUAAUGAAAUCUGUAAAUCAGCUGACGAGGACGUCAGGAAACAGUUGGCCGAACUUCAAAUGAGAAAAGCCAGGGAAAAAGAGGUGGUUGAAACACUCGAAAAAACAAAAGAGUACGUCGUGGACUUGCACAAUCAAAUCGAUUUGCACAAAAAACAACUAAAUGAAGUAGAGAGCAGAAAGGACGAAUUGGAAGUACAGCUGAAAAACUUGCAGGAAGAGACGAUCGAUAUGAAACAAGCGAAAUUGAUCGGGAUAAUAUCGACCUUCCUGCUCAUCCAUCCUUUCGGCAUCGGGUUUGAUAGUAUUUUCGAGUACGUCCAACGGCUCGAUGCUGGUGUUAGCAAAGAAGACGUUGAUUAUCUGUUGGUGAGGUGCUGCAGUCUUUUCAGAUUCGAUCCUGGUAAAGGAUGGACAUUGAAUACAUUCUCUUCCGGUAACCAUCCCACUAAAGGAACUCCUCAUACGCCACAACAGAAAUCAGAACUUAUUCAAAACUCCGAAAUAACUGCUGAAGACGAAACUCCUGAAUUUGAAACGGGAAAAACAACAACUGAUUCGGGAGAUCUUCCAAAAGCUCAUAGUUUGUGUGCGAAAAAAACGAGAUGGAAAGAACUACAGCGAUUGAAAUAUAUCAUGGAGAAUGUCAAGAAAAAAAGGUGGUCUCUGGGAUUCGAGAGGCGAAUUCAAGAUUUCCGCAGCCCAAACGCUUCUUCCACUAAACGAAAACGCAAAAUCAUGAGAAUCUCCAAGACAGAGAACUGGAAGCUCUCAAUUCCUCCCAUAGAUCCGAGAAGACUCAAAUGGUUGAGAGAAAACGUUCCUGUUCCCGAAAAAUUCGCCGAAGAAUUCAUCUUGGAAAAACAAGGAUUAGCUCUAGACGACGAUAAUUUCAGAAAAGAACCAGGAAAUUCCAGACGAAAACUGGAUUGGGAGUUACCUGUUCAUGUUCAUGCACUAGAAAACAAUUUUAAAACUGAUGUAGUCGAUUCAAGUGCUAAGAAUUCGGGAAAAAAUUACACCCACAGUCCAGCCAGUAACAAAGUUGUUACACCAGAAAGUAGCCCCCUGGAAUUUACUACUGAAAAACUGAAGAAAAUGUUCAAGUCUGAUAAAGAUACGCCAAUCGUAGAGACAUCAAUUUUGAAUUCAACAAAUUCUGCACCAGAUAAAAAAUGUGGAUCGUCAAAUCACAACAGUACAGUACAACUUGUGACUAGACCGACAAAACACAAAAUAAAAGAAGAAUCCUCAAAUGCAACUGCUUUGAAAAGAAUGGAAGAUGAAGAAUCAGUUUCAGAAAAGCUAGAAUCAUGUCAAGAUUACUCCGACAUCUCUGAUGACGAUUUGAAUGUUUCUGUAAGGGAUUCAACAAGUUGUAGCCUCGAUAUUUCUGGAGAAGAUUCUGUUGACGUCAAAAUGUCGAUGAAUCACCAGAAGCCCAAACCCUACUCACACUUUUCCACUGCAGAACAUAAAAUCGCAGACAUUGCAGUACCCGAACUUCUGAACAAAACUGCUAAGUCCUAUGUUAAUAUUGCCAAGACUAUGGAAGAAUAUUCAACAGUGCCAUUUAUACCGAUAAACGAAUUGAAGCGUCUGAAGUACAUCUACGAUAACUUCAAAGAUGCAGCUUCUUGGUCUCCUGAGUUCAUGAGACGAAUACAAGAGUUGCGAAGCUCAAAUGUACCUCUAAACUUUCCACAAAGUAAACUACUCAAGAUAUCUGAAACAAUGUCAUGGUUGGUCACGAUACCGAAAAUAUCGCCAAAAAAAUUGAGAUGGUUAAAACGGACUGUACCAAUUCCUUUUAAAUAUCCUGAAGAGUUUAUUUUGGAAAAGCAAGGAUUAUCUUCAAUUCCUAAUUCUGACACGCCUACCGAUUUACUGCUUGUGGGUAAAAUUCAGCUUCAAAAAGAAGAUAUCCCAGAAACUAUUGAAAGUGAUAUUCAUAAAGUAGCAAGUGUCAAGGAGGAUGAAAACAUUUUUCCAGCGGAAAUUUUGAAAUCUGAAAGUGUCGAAAAGACACAAGAGGAUUCAAUGAACAUUUCAAAGUCUUUGGAAGAAGCAAACAAAAACAAGCAAGUUCCAAACAAUUCACAUUCUGGAUUUAGCUCACUCGAAGAAGAAUACAGAUUCGCUCGGAUUCUAACCAGAUUCAACAAGUCACACAUUUGGUCUCCGGAAUUGAAAAAACGCCUACAAGAAUUCAUAGCUCCUGAUGCUGAUAACAAAGACCUAUUCAGAUUGAAAAUGAAUUCGUCUAUCGGCACCAUUGUUGAGGUGUCGUAUUAUCCUUUGACAGCAGAGGAAAUCAAGGCCUUGGACGGAGUGAACAUCCCAGAUAAAUUUCCGGAAGAGUACAGAAUGGAAAAAGACGCAGCUAGAAAAGUUGAUAGUCCUGAAAGAUGGUUGUUCACACCUGAGGGGAGACAGCGUUUAUCUAAAAUGAAGAUAUCAAAGAACUGGAAACAAUGGUCUCCUGAAUUGAGGAAAGCUUUGGAAACAUUGAGACCAACGAAUUGUUUGCAAGGCUACAGGUCGCACUUGUAUGGUCCUGAUGGUACAUUCAAACGGAUCGAUCUUCCUCCAGUUACUCAUGAAGAGCUAGGCAAAAUCAGUAAAGUUGUCAUCCCGGAAAAACUAUUGGAGGAGUAUAUCAAUGAAAUUAGUGGAGAGCCUGACUUGAUCAGCAAUAAAGAUAGAUCUUUCGAUAAAACCGAGGAAAAAGAGUCUUCUGAUCUCGUAAAUGAAAAAAGCACUUCAAGCACUCACAAGGUCUGCUUACAUUUGAAAAUCGAUCAUAAAAGCGUGAUGAAUGACAUCGAUAACACUAUCGAUGAAGUUCAAAAAUUUCUCAGUAAAAGUAAAGAGAUUGCAGACAAUAAAAAAAUUUCGGAUGAGUCCAUCCCCAAGAGUUCAUCCAAAGACGUUUCCCAGUCGUCUGCAAUUGGAGCAACUAAAAAAAGAAAAGCGAUUGACAAUGAAGAUGAAAGUAGAAUAUCUAUUAAAAGAAGAGCAGACCAUCAAGCUGGAAAAUCAGUUGUAAAUAAAGAUACUGAAACGCUCAAUGUUGAAACUCCAAAAUCAACAAUGGACGACAAAAUGAUAUGUCCAGAAAAAAAUUGCACACCAGACACUGGAGAAAUUAUUGCUGCAGGUUUCACGAUUCCCUUACAAAUACAAAGUGUUACUGAUAACUCAAGCAGGGUCAAAAGUAAAUCACCUAGGAGUGAAAUAUUGGUUGACAAUGAAGAUGACGUUGAUAAACCAAGUCUGACCACGGACAUUGAAAAAUCUUGUGAAGACAUGAACAGAAGAAAAAACUGCACUGAAUCCAAUGGAGGAGGAAAUUUAACAAUAAUUCAAGAUGAUACACAGAGUGUCACUGGACAAUCAAAUAUGGUAUCAUCGAGAAGACAAUCAGAACACUGUUCUGGAAAAUCAGUAGAUAUCCACGAAAGGAUAACUCCUGAAGUUGAAAAACCAAAUUUGAACAAAGAUAUUAUAGAAAGGUUAUGUGAACUCCCAAGUAGAGAAAACAACAACACUAAGACCGAGAAAGAAGUAAUCGUUGAAAGUUCCACAAUAAUUUCAGGUGAUAUACAGGAGAACACUGAACAACCAGGCAUUCAAACUGAUCUGAAGUUGACCAUGAAUAGAAUAUUAGAUUCUUUGGGUCCGGAGAUUAUCAAAAAUUUAGAAGCAAUUCCUACUAUCAUAGGACCGAUAAAAACUUCAGCAAGUAAGAUAUCAUCGAGAAGAAGAUCAGAGCAUUGUGUUAGAAAAUCUGUAGACGACAAAGAAAGGAUAGCUCCUGAAGUUGAAGAACCCAAUCUGAUCAAAGACAUGGAAAGGUCGUGUGAACUCCCAAGUAAAGAAAACAAUAACACUCAGACCGAGAAAGAAGUCAUUGCUGAAGGUUCCACAAAAAUUCCAGGUGAAAUACAGGAAAACACCGAACAACCAACCAUUCAAACUGAUCUGAAGUUGACCAUGAAUAGAAAAGUAGAUUCUUUGGGUCAGGAAAUUAUCCAAAAUUCAGAAGCAAUACCUACCAUCGUAGGACCGAUAAAAACUUCCAGAAGUAAGAUAUCAUCGAGAAGAAGAUCAGAACAUCGUGUUAGAAAAUCAGUAGACGACAAAGAAACGAUAACUCCUGAAGUUGAAACACCCAAUUUGAUCAAAGACAUGGAAAGGUCGUACGAACUCCCAGGUAAAGAAAACAAUAAUACUCAGACCGAGAAAGAAGUCGUUGUUGAAGGUUCCACAAAAAUUCCAGGUGAUAUACAGGGUAACACUGAGCAACCAGGCAUUCAAAACGAUCUGAAGUUGACCUUGAAUAGGAAAGUAGAUUCUCUGGGUCAGGAAAUUAUCCAAAAUUCAGAAGCAAUCCCUACCAUCGCAGGACCGAUAAAAACUUCCGGAAGUAAGAUAUCAUCGAGAAGAUCAGAACAUUAUGUUAGAAAAUCAGUAGAAAACAAAGAAAGGAUAACUGCUCAAGUUGAAAAACCAAAUCUGAUCAAAGACAUGGAAAGGUCGUGUGAACUCCCAAGUAAAGAAAACAAUGACACUCAGACCGAGGAAGCAGUAAUUGUUGAAGGUUCCACAAAAAUUCCAGGUGAUAUACAGGGUGACACUGAGCAACCAGGCAUUCAAAACGAUCUGAAGUUGACCAUGAAUAGAAAAGUAGAUUCUUUGGGUCAGGAAAUGUCCCGAGAUUUAGAAGCAAUCCCUACCAUCUCAGGGCCGAUAGAAACUUCAGCAAGUAAGAUAUCAUCCAGAAGCAAAUCAGAACAUCAUGCUAGAAAAUCAGUAGACAGCAAAAAGAAGAAAACUCCUGAAGUUGAAAAACCAAAUCUGACAGAAGACAAGGAAAGGUCGUGUGACCUCCCAAGUAAAGAAAACAAUAACCCUCAGGUCGAGAAAGAAGUCAUUGUUGAAGGUUCCACAAUGAUUUCAGGUGAUAUACAGGAAAACACUGAACAACCAGGCAUCCAACCCGAUCUGAAGUUGACCAUGAAUAGAGAAGAAGAUUCUUUGGGUCAGGAGAUUAUCGGAAAUUCAGAAGCAAUCCCUACUAUCGUAGGACCAAUAGAAAAUGCAGCAAGUGAGAUAUCGAGAAGAAAGUCAGAACAUCAUGUUAGAAAAUCACUGGACAAAAAAGAAAAGAUAACUUCUGAAGUUGAAAAACCAAAUCUGACCAAAGAGUCGUGUGAACUCCCAAGUAAAGAUAACAACAACACUCAAAUCGAGAAAGAAGUAAUUGUUAAAGGUUCUACGAACAUUCCAGAUAUACAGGGUAACACUGAACAACCAGGCAUUCAAACUGAUUUGAAGUUGACCAUGAAGAGGGAAGAAGAUUCUUUGGGUCAGGAGGUUAUCGAAAAUUUAGAAGCAAUCCCUACUAUCAUAGGACCAAUAGAAAAUAGAGCAAGUAAGAUAUCGAGAAGGUCAGAACAUCAUGUUGGAAAAUCCCUAGACAAAAAAGAAACGAUAACUUCUGAAGUUGAAAAACCAAAUCUGACCAAUGCGUCCUGCGAACUCCCAUGUAAAGAUAACAACAACACUCAAAUCGAGAAAGAAGUAAUCGAGAAAGAAGUAAUUGUUAAAGGUUCUACGAACAUUCCAGAUAUACAGGGUAACACUGAACAACCAGGCAUUCAAACUGAUUUGAAGUUGAUCAUGAAUAAAACAAGAGAUUCUGUAAGUAAGGAGGUUAUUGAAAAUUCAGAAGCAUUCCCUACCAUCCUAGAACCGAUAAACAUUUCAGCAAGUAAGAUAUCAAACAGAAAAUCAGACCAUCAUGCUAAAAAAUCACUCAAAAACAAAGAAAGGAAAACUUCUCAAGAAAGGAGCCGCACUCAAAUUGGCAAAGACGUAAAUAAUGAAGAUUCUAAAAGUUCUGAUGAUAUACAGAGUGGCACUGAACAAGCAGACAAUCAAAAUCAUUCCUCUAACAUCAUAGUCCCGAUGAAACCUGCAUCAAGUAAAAUAUCAUCCAAAAGUAAAUCAAGAAAAUCAGUAGAAGCCAAAGAUAGGAAAACUUCUGAAAAUGAAAUACCAAAUCUGACCAGCACUCAAAUCGAUAAGGAACCAAUUUUUAAAGAUUCUACAAUAAAUCCAGAUGAUAAACAGGGUGAAAGUGUUCAACCAGGCGAUCAAAAUGCUCUGAGGUCAAAUAAACAUGAAGAAAGAGAGGCAUGGGAUCAGAACAUUUCAAAAAAUGUUACAGAAUCUUCUACCGUCUUAGGGCAGAUGAAACUUGCAUCAAGUAAAAGAAGAAUAUCAGAUCAUCUUGCUAGAAAAUCGAUACAAGAUAGGAAAACUCCUGAAGAUGAAAAACUAAAUCUGACCAAAGAUGCAAAAUCCUGUGGACCUAAAAACAAAGAAGAAAACAGUACUCGAACUGGUAAUGAAGCAGAAGAUUCUUCAAGAAAUCCAGAUCUACAAGGUGAUACUGCUUUAAGGUUGAACACAAAUAGAGAAAGAGAGGCACUGGGUCAAGAUAUUUUCAAAAAUAGAACGAAAUCUUCCACCAUCGAAGGCCAGAUGAAACCUGCAUCGAGUAAGAAGAGAAAAACAGAUCAUUCUGCUAGAAGAUCACUAGACAGCAAAGAUAGAAAAACUCCUGAAGAUGAAAAAUCAAACAAAGAUAAAACAACCAGUGAAUCUGCGAAUAAAAGAAGAAACAGCUUACUGAUCAGUGAACAAAAUAUCGUGGCAGUUUCUACAAUCCCUGUGGAAUUACAGAGUGACUCUAAUAAAUCAAACAAUUCGAAAAAUCACGGACCGAACCUGAAUGAAAAAAAGGAUUUGUUGAGCCAAAAUAAUAUUGAAAGUGUACCGAUGAAACCAUGCAAAGUGUCAUCCAAAAGAAAAUCAGAUCAUACUAGAAAAUCGGUAGAAAAUAAAGAUGGGAAAGCUGCUGAUGACAAAAAACCAAAAUCAAGUAAAGACAAUAAAAAAUCUUGUGAACCAACGAAUAAAGAGAAAAGCAGAACUCAAAUCGGGGAAGAAAUUGUUUCAGGUUCUGCAAUGCCCGUCGACAUACCAGGCUUGAAUAAAAAAAUACUGUCAUCAGGUCAAGAAAUUAUUGAAAACGUCACAGGAUCUCCCAAAACUUCAGUGCCUAUAAUACCUGCAGCAAGCAAAGUAUCAAGAAGAAAAUCAGAGCAUGCUAGAAAAUCGGUGGAAAAUAAAGAUCGGAAAACCCCUGACGUUGAUAAAUCAAAUUUAGCCAAAGACAAUAAGCAAAACUAUGGAAAUAAAGAAAAAAACAGCAAACCAAUCAAUGGAGAAACUAUUGUUACAGGUUCUACAAUUUCCUCAAAUAUACAGGGUCCCACUAAAAACUCUGAUGGUCAAGAUGAUCCAAAGUUGAACAUAAACAGUAAAACAGAGUCAUUGGGUCAAAAAAAUAUCAAAUCUUCCAUUACAGUUCCGAUGAAAUCUGCAGCUAGCGAAAUAUCAAAGAGAAAAUCAGACUAUGUAAGGAAAUCGCUAGAAAAUAAAGAUCGGGAAUCUACUGAUGUUAAAAAAAUAAAGUCAUUGAAAGACAAUCACAAAUUAUUAGAUAGAAAUAUAAGCAAAAAUGAGUCAUUCGGUCAAGACCUUAUAAAAAAUAUAAAAGAAUGUGCAGCAGCCAGAAGGAAAUCACACCAUCAUGAUAGAAAAUCUUCAAAGAAUAAAGAGAGAAAAUCAUCUAGCAAUGAAAAACCAAAUGUAACCGAAGAUAACAAAGAAAGCCAUAAAUCCACAAACACUCCAACCCUGAAAGAAAUUAUUGUGGCAAGUUCAGACCAAAGUUCCGUAAAUAUUCAGGGUGACACAGAAAACACUGUCAGUCUGAGUAAUCCAGAAUCAAACAGAAAUAAAAAAAUUCAGACAGAAACCUCUAUGGUACUUCCGAUAAAACCUGAAACAAUCAAGAUAUCCAAAAGAAAAUCAGACCAUGAUGAUAAAAAAUCGGUCCGGAGUAAAGAUAGGAAAAAAUAUAAAGUGGAAAACCCAGCUAAAGAUAAUAAAGCCAUCGCUGGAUCCACAAUAAUUAACACUGAGCAAACAGCUAUUCAGAUUGAUCCAAGCCAGAACCUUAAAAAAAGUAUAGACCCAUUGGUUAUCGGAAAUGAAACAAAAAAAUCUACUGUUUCAUUUCCAAAAACAAUAGAAUCAAAGAAUGAUCAAGAAGCUCUACAAGGUCCUGGUAAAAGGGAAGAAACAGUGAAAAAAUCAAAAAACAAACAUUCUUCAGACAAAGUGAAUGAACGACCAAGUAAGAUACUCAAGAAAGUUGAAAGCAAGUCUAGAAGUUCUGAGCAUAACAAGAAGAAUCCUGUAGUCGGCAAAGAUAUGCCCAAUAUUGGCAUUCAAGACGCUGAAAAAAGUAAAGAGAUUGACAAUGAAGCCGAACACGGGUCUACCAAAAGAAAAUCGGACAAUGAAGCCGGAACAUCGGAAGAAAAAAAAGAUACGAAAAAACCCAACAUUGAAAGAAGCGAUAGAAACGAACUCAGAAAUAAGGAAAAUAUUUGUACUGCGUCCACUGGAGAAAUAAUAACAGCAGGUUCUGAAACCCCUGUACAAAAACAUGGUGACACUGAUUAUCUGAGCAAUCAGAGAGAUCCUAAAGUUGACCAAAUAACACCAAAAGAGCCUGAAAUAAAUCCAAACAAAGAAGCCCCUUCAGAAAGUGACAAGAAUAUAAACGAAAGUGAUGUGAUUCCAGUAGAAAUAAAAAUUGAACCAGCAGAUAUCGAAGAUGCCAAAAAUAAUCAUGAUGAGGGAGUAAACAAAAUCACAAUUACUGUUGAAGAUAUUAUGAAUAAUUCCUUGCACAUUAAAAAUGAACCAGAUGAUAAUUCUAAAGCAAUAAAAAGUGCCUCAGUAACUGAUCAAAAUAAAAGUGGAAAUGUUGAGAAAACAUCUACAGUUUCUAAAGAAAAAACAACCACCAAAGUGCCAUGUAGUGAGUUAGGCAUACAACAAGAAGUCAAUAAAAGUACUACGACUUCAAAUGGAACUCAUACUCCCUUACACGAUCUGAAAAUACAGGAUAGCAAUAAAAGAAAAUCAAGUGAUAAAUCCUCCAAAACGGAACGUGAUAAUCAGUCUGGCAAAAAUGAGAAGAAGUCUGAAAAAUGUCCUUCAGAAGUAACGAAACCUUCUGCAGUAUUAAUUAACGAUGAACAGUCUGUUACCAAAGACCUUCCUAGAGGCAGUAAUAAAGAACCCGAAAAAAGUAAAGAGCAUCAAACAGAUGAGGGCGAAAAUGAGCCUGAAAGGCAUCCAGAUAACCCAGCUGCAGAAGCAAUGAGCUACGAACACUCUGUAGCAAAUGAACUCCCCAAAGACAUAAAGGAUUUCGAGAUGCUACCCAAGGAUGUACAGGACCUCCUUGUGGAAUUUGAACACUCCAGCCACCUCCAAUCUGAAAAUGUUACCCGGAAUCCACGCAUUUCAAAACAAACCCACAAGACUUCAGGAAAACCGGAAGAAAAUGGCCCCGUUGGUGAAGCUAUAGUUAAGCAAGAACCAACUUACUCCGGGGAACCAACACAGGCUGUACCAUGUGUGGUUAAGCAAGAACCGACUCCAUUGGGGGUUAAGGAAGAACCACCUGAACUUGAGGAACCAGUAGAACCUGCACCGAUCCAAUCGUCCAAAACGUUGCUGGAGUUGUCAGAAAAUACUCAGGUUAUCAGGAACGAGUUGGACGAUCUGUUGGGCGGUUCGUCUACUAAAGAAUUAUGUGAUACUUAUUGGUCUUCUCGAGACCUGCAAAGACUUUCUGGUGAUUUAAUUCUCGAAGAUUAUCACUAG